GCAUACAGUCUUAUCUGGUUGUUGUUUCGGCGACAGAUGUGGAGUGCGUAAGGCCGCUCCGCGCACCCAUGUACACCUCGCAAAAUCGAUAGCUCAGCGUCCGUCUCAGUGUCGACUUGUUUUCCAUCGAAUUUAGUGCUCGCUUAGUCCGCUAGCGUUUUUGUUAGAAGUAUCAUGUUAAAUUAAUAAUGGAAUCGUCAGUAAAGAGGUACAUUAGGAGUGAUUCAGCGAACUGCGCGCAUAUGGUUGAGGAGAGUGCAGCGAGUUGUAGAAAAGUGGUGGAUCCCCACGAGAAGUUGAAAGCGCUGCUGAACUCGCCUGAGGAGGACACGGACGACUCGUUGCCGCCGACAGAUGCCCCGAAGUUCGGGACUGUGAUACAUAAUAGAAUUUUUGUGGGGGGUUUCUCGUUGACGACGACUGAUGAAGACCUGUGGAAGUUCUUCUCUGGGUUCUCGACGGUGACGGCGGCGAGGGUGAUCUACGACAGAGCUGGAGUCUCCAAGUGCUACGGGUUCGUGACGUUCGCGAGUCCCCGGGUCGCCAGGCUGAUCGUGAAACAGAGCGGCGGAGUCAUGUUCUCCCCGUUGGGACGUCUCCGAGUAGCACAGGCGGUCAGAAAGCAGAUGACCCAGUUACCAGUGCUGGACUCGGGAGCGGCGCCGCUACAAGCGCCGCUGUGCUACCAGCUGCUAUGUGCACCACCGCUUGCGCCUCUGCCAGCCUGCGCGCCGUGCGAGCUGCCGCCCCCGCCAUAUGCUGUGUACCCUCUGCCAUUUGACAGUAAGUAG